AUGGAGGCAUCAGUAAGCCCCCAAUUCUUUACACAAUCAUUACGAACGAAAAAGACGAGACCACAUCUUCAACUUCCAAAGUAUCGUGAAAUGAAAGUUGAAGAUGGGCAAUGGGUGGAGAAAAAUGAUAUAUUAAUUUUACAAAACAACUUGAAUUUAUAUCCAGGAGAAAAUACUGUUAUUGAAUACGAUUAUACUGUGAAAGCAGCGAUACCUGGUUUUACUGUUGUAAGUACAGAAGUUGUCAAACCAUAUCCACAUAGUCCACUUUAUCGCUAUGUGGCAAGUGGUAAUACUGUCAAAAGAAACUUUAUCCAUGUCAUACCACCAAAACGAGAAGCUAAAUUUAAAUUAAUUGAAGAAUUGUGA